UGGAACGCACAUAUAAUAUAUUUACAUAGCUAGCUAUUGUAACCGACGUAUAUAUAUAUAUUUCGCGAUCAUUUGAAGAAAAACAAAUCCGAACAAAAUGGAUAAAUUCCGUAUGAUGUUCCAGUUUUUGCAGUCUAACCAGGAAUCUUUUAUGAAUGGCAUCUGUGGGAUUAUGGCACUGGCCAGUGCGCAAUUAUACACAGCUUUUGAGUUUAACUGCCCCUGUUUACCAGAGUACAACUAUGCGUACGGGAUUGGGAUUCUCCUUCUUCCGCCAAUCAUACUUUUUCUAAUUGGAUUUGUGUUGAACAAUAACGUGUCCAUGCUGGCGGAGGAGUGGAAGCGGCCGACGGGGCAGCGGAGAAAAGAUCCAGCGGUGCUGCGCUACAUGUUCUGUUCCAUGACUCAGCGCUCCUUAAUCGCUCCGGCUGUGUGGAUAUCUGUGACUCUGAUGGACGGGAAGAGUUUCCUCUGUGCUUUUAGCAUCAAUUUGGAGUUAGAAAAAUUCGGAAACGUCAGCGACCACGGGCUCUCCGAAUACGAGCUCCAAAGAUUACUAGCCAAAAUCCCCUGUAAGGAGAUAUUUAACGGAGGCGCAGUGAUUUCCCGCGAAGCAGCGGAGAGGUAUCUUCGCUGUAUUUCACAGGCUUUCGGCUGGAUCUUUUUGCUGAUGAUCACCUUACUGGCUUUCAUGGUGAGGGCAAUUCGACCCUGUUUCACCCAGGCUGCCUUCCUGAAGACCAAGUACUGGUCUCACUACAUUGACAUUGAGCGCAAAAUGUUUGACGAGACCUGCACGGAGCACGCCAAGAGCUUCGCCAAAGUGUGCAUCCAGCAGUACUUUGAGAGCAUAAGCGGCGAGAUGCGCCAGUUCCAUGGCCACAACUGUAAAUACGACGACGAGGACAACGGCAACGACGAUAAAAACGAAAGCGAACAGGACAAACUCCUGGGCAUCAGAGCCCAGGAUGAGAUGAACAAAGUGCUGAGGAACUGGCACACCUGCAAGCCUCCUCUCAACCUGAAAAAAGAAUGCCAGAACGGAAAUGCCAACGGCCACGCGGAGUUGAACCACACAAAUGAACCCUUCCCGCCAAAGAAAGAAUGGGUGACUUACUACAGCAAGGUGUGAAUGUGCCCAGGGCAGGUCCAGUACAGUAUAGACUAGGCACAGGUAUAGGCCCAGAUGCAGAAAGCCCCUUUACUGGGAGGAUUUCAGCAUGGCAGGUCUUGGCACUGCGUCUUAGAUGCCAGAUGUCAUUUGUCCUCUGUGUCCCAGCACAGCAGACAGACAAAGAAUAAAUGUGGUUGUUUCCAGUGCAAACACUGACUGCUUUGUAGAUCUGAAAGCCACCAAUAAUUGAAAAACAGCUUCCCGUGGAUGACAAGGACGCAUUAUCAUGGCAAUAAUAUAAUAAUACAACACUGAACCAAAAGAUACAAAACUGAAUAAGACAUGAUACACAAGUAGGUUACCAUUUUCACUAUAUACUGUAUAUAAUAAUUCUCGCCAAGGAAGAAAUACGGUUCACUCUCCAUUACUUUCUUAAGAAAUUACAGACAUUGAAGGUCAAGAAAAGUAAUUGGGAAACAUCGCUAGUCCUAUGGACUGAAUUUAUAGAGGAAAAUAUGUAUGUAUGUAUAAACUAGGGACAAAAAUAGUGUUAAGAUGUCUUUAAUAUUUAAAUGUAUUUGUAGAGGUUGGGGCUGAUGAAUUGUCUUUUACAUUGUAUUCUGAUGCUCUUUAAUACCAGGACUGAGACUGCAAGUAUAGGAAACCAUACAUAAUCAUUAAUGUCCUCCACUCACUUCUAUAGAUAUACAGGUAUACCCAUGAGCCUAACUGCCUUAUAAUCCUUCUUAGCCACCUUUAUAGUUAUUCUUAAGAUACUUUUUUAAAAUCAUACUAUUAUUAUUGGUUUUCAGUUUCCAUGAUUUUGUAUUUAUAGAUUAUAUCUGAGAAUUGUUAUUAUAUUACAUUAUAUUAUGCAAUGCAAUAGAAAUGUAGAAAAUGGUCACACCUUUUCUCUAUUCUAGACCAUAUGUUUCAGAUCUUAAACCAACAAAGGCAGUAAACACGAGAAUCCAAUAGAGAACUCAUUUGAGAAACUGCAUGUCGAACACUACUGACAGUGUGCUGUACAUACUGUAUACUGAGAAGCAUUUGCCCUUUAAUGCCUCUCAGUAUAUUAAGAAUAAAUACAUGUUUUAAUUUAAUUGUUUUCUUAAUAUCUGUCCCUCUCUAACGUCAAUGCUACACUUCAGUUCUUUUCUUUAUGAGAAUGUACUACAGGAUGGGGUUUAAAACUAAGAGCCCAGGUCCCAGUCUUCUCAUGUUCUAUUGUAUAAAAAGAUGGUAUGUGCCAAGAGUUUCUGGAGGUGAUGGGGAAUAUCCUAUUAGGAUCUGCAUUCUCUAUAGGAAAAGAGUCACCCAAAGAUGUUCAUUUUUAAGUAAGCUGUUGCAUUUUCCACGAAGAACCAUGAAGAACAGUUUAGUAUUCCUUAUUAGACAUUUUGGUAAGAUUUUGUUUUGCAUCUCGGGCAUGUAUAUUUCUUAAUUUAUGUAAUUUAUUUGUUGUGAUAUGAAAGUCAGACAGUCCUCUUCCAAAAUCAUUUGUAUGGAAAAUCUUUGUUUCAGAAAAGCUUUAUAGAUGAAAGAAAAUCUUCUAGUGCCUUGUUUUUCAGUGUGCAGGUUUCAUGUGAUAGAAAACAUAAGGUAUGCAACGUGUACCUUUGACAUUUUUAAGUUUUAAUGAAGGAAUAAUUAAGUGAUACAGUAUGUUUUGCAUGUAAUAAAUAUUUUAUUAGUACUUUUCAAAGUGCUUUCUAUUUGGAAAAUGCAACCUCUCCCUACCUAGUGAUAAUGUUAAGACAGCGUUUAUGUUACAAAACACAAUUAUUUAAUAAAAUAAAAAAUAACAACACUACAGAAAGAUCUGAUCUAUUUUACUACUCCGUUGGGCCCCUGAGCAAGGCUCUUAACUCCAGCUGCUCCAGGGGCCGCUGUACAAUGGCUGACCCUGC